CUCCUCUUUCAGCCACUUCACAAAACUGUUUGCAUACCAAUCUCCCCUCAACACUGCGUGCUUGGCCAAACUUGGAUCGCAAAUCUAGGAGCGGUGGAUUUUAUUAGUUGGACGCUGCUGGGCAUAAUUCCUCUCGGUAGACUCCGCAGCUGAUCGACAUUUGCUCUUUUAUUUGACUACUUUCCUGCAGCAGUCCCAGGCUUCUCAUAUCGGCUUUUUAGAAACAUUUUCCAAGGGUCUUGUCACAGAGAGGUUUCGACCCUGAGCUGCGUUUUGAGCCCAUGAAAACAGGAGAGGAGAGAGAACCGAGAGAAGUCAUCAGAUUCACCUGAACGGAGAGACAAACGCUGAUACACAUGGGGCAGGGAGAGGCUUCAGCGCGUGGGACGACCAUGGAGGGGGACUGUCUCAGCUGCAUCAAAUACCUCAUGUUUGUCUUCAAUUUCCUCAUCUUUCUGGGGGGCUCCUUCCUCCUGGGAGUGGGAGUGUGGGUACUGGUGGAUCCCACAGGGUUCAGAGAAAUUGUGGCAGCGAACCCCCUGUUAUUCACUGGUGUCUACAUCAUCCUGGGCAUGGGAGGCAUGCUCUUCCUCCUGGGCUUCCUCGGCUGCUGCGGAGCCAUCCGCGAAAACAAGUGUCUACUCCUCUUUUUCUUCAUGCUCAUCCUCCUCAUCUUCCUUGCAGAGCUGGCUGCUGCCAUCCUGGCCUUCAUUUUCCGGGAGCAUCUGACCAGGGAGUACUUCACCAAGGAGCUGAAGAGACACCACCAGGGCUACAACAACACUGACGUCUUCACCUCCACAUGGAACGCCAUCAUGAAUACAUUUGACUGCUGUGGGGUGAACAGCCCAGAGGAUUUUAAGGACAGUCUGUUCAGGCUGAUCAACCAAAAUCAUAUGGUGCCAGAAGCCUGCUGCCAGCGUGCCACUCAGACCGGGGAGUUGGCCUAUAUCAGCAAGGAGCAGUGCUUAUCGGGCAAUAUGAUGUUCCGCAAUAACAAGGGCUGUUACUCUGCAGUUGUUGACUACUUCGAACUGUACAUAUAUGUGGCUGGAGCGCUGGCCAUUGUGGUGCUGACCAUUGAGCUCUUUGCCAUGGUCUUUGCGAUGUGUCUCUUCAGGGGAAUCCAAUAGAGCUGCUUCACCCAUGAACUUCUCUUUUUCAAAAGGGAAUUCAGGAGAAAAGAACAAAAUGGACACUUGUAAAUUUGUUGAUCUCCUUUUCUAUUGGCUAAUUGUUAGAACAACAAACUUUCAAACUCUGGUACUUCACAGCUGGACUUUUGAGGUACUGGGUGCCAAAACAACAUGUAUACACACACACACACACACACACACACACACACACACACACACACACACAGACACACACACAUAACUCAUAGAGAAAGUGGGGAGACAAUACUGAUGUAAAAAGAUGUGUGUGUAAAGUGGAAACAGUAAUUUUUUUGGACCAGGUCUAGCACAGACUGGGUGUAAAGUGACGGCAUGAGGACCAGGUGAAGCCUGAGCAGAAGGCACUGCACUGACUUUUGGAUGAAGAAUAUUUAUAUUAAGUAAAGUUGGCUUAACUGUAAAAAAAAAAAAAACGUGUUUUAUGUACACUUCGGCUGUUUCCCUUUUCCUGCUCAUACUGUAUACUGUAACACUCCCUUCCUUCAUAUGCCUUUUAUACAGCCACGCUUCUUUAAUGCUGUGUUACAUAAGCCCUGUGUGAGUGUGAGUGUGAGCGUGAGAGUGUGGGUGUGUGUGUGUGUGUAUGUGUGUGUGUGUGUGUGAGUGAGAGUGUGGGUGUGUGUGUGUGUGGUUAUGUACAUACUGGGUGCUCUUUUUGAAUGUGUAUGAAAUAGUUUGAGAGCAUGUGAGCUCGUGGCUCUUCAUGACCCCUCCUAAGCUUUGAAAGCCAACCUCUGAUUCUUUUUCUAUCUGUAUGGUGCUGUUUACUGCAGUAGUGGUUAUAAUGUGGUAUUAGGUGGUGAAAUGUAUGUGUAUGCAUUUGUAUUAGAUUCUUGAAAAGUCAAUGACAUAAAUGGCAUUCUAAAUGAC